UCCAUAAAGGACUUGAUAUUUAGAAAUUAAAAAGAGAAUGAGUAUGACACUAAAGGUUCUGCUUCUACUUAUACUUGUCUUCAGUCAUCAUGCUGAUUCUGGCUCUAUCGUCAAGUUUCUUCCUGGUUUUGAAGGUCCUCUUCCUUUCGAACUUGAAACCGGAUACAUUGGCAUUGGCGAGGAAGAGAACUUGCAGUUGUUCUACUACUUCAUCAAAUCUUAGAAGAAUCCAAAAGAAGAUCCUCUUCUUUUAUGGUUGAAUGGAGGACCUGGGUGCUCUUCUCUCGAAGGCCUUCUUUUUGAGAACCGUAAAUCUAUAAAAUAUCAUUUUUCUCUAAUUAAGCACCAUUUUAAAUGAUAUGUUAAAAGUGGUAAGAACAAAGAACAAAACAGGACCGGUGGCUGUGAAGGUUGAGGUUUACAAUGGAAGUCUCGUUUCUUUGGUGUCUACUACAUAUUCAUGGACGCAGAUUGCAAACAUAAUAUACUUGGAUCAACCAGUUGGAGCUGGCUUCUCCUACUCAAGAACUCCACUUGGUAAAACUAGUGACACAAAUGAAGCUAAGAUGAUCCAUGAGUUUCUUCAGAAGUGGUUAAGCAAGCAUCCACAAUUUUUCUCCAACCCUUUUUACGCUACCGGGGAUUCUUAUUCCGGUAAGACUGUUCCGGCACUCGUUCAAGAAAUCUCACAAGGAAACUAUAAAUGUUGUAAACCUCUCAUAAAUCUACAGGGUUAUGUGCUCGGAAACCCAGUAACAUAUCCUGAAUUUGAAGAAAAUUACCGUAUUCCAUUUUCUCAUGGAAUGUCAUUAAUAUCUGAUGAACUCCACGAGUCUUUGAAGAUAAACUGCAAGGGAAAUUAUGGAAAUGUGGAUCCACUUAACACAAAGUGUCUGAAACUUGUUGAAGAAUACCAUAAGUGCACUGACAAAAUAAAUACACAACAUCUAUUAUUACCUGAUUGCGAUGACAAAAGAAAUCCAAAAAAUACAUCUCCAGAUUGCUAUUAUUAUCUUUAUUAUCUCAUUGAAUGCUGGGCCAAUAACGAGAGAGUUCGCGAAGCUCUUCAUGUUAAAAAGGGGACCAAAGGACAUUGGCAGCGAUGUAACUGGACUAUUCCAUACAAUCACGACAUUAUAAGCAGCGUACCAUAUCAUAUGAAUAUCAGCCUCAGCGAAUACCGAUCUCUUGUAUAUAGUGGUGAUCAUGACAUCACGAUGCCAUUCCUAGGAACACAAGCCUGGAUCAAAUCUCUGAAUUACUCCAUCAUUGAUGACUGGAGGCCUUGGAAGAUAAAAGAUCAAAUCGCUGGAUACACCAGAACUUAUUCCAAUAAAAUGACAUUUGCUACUAUCAAAGGGGGUGGACACACGGCAGAGUAUAAACCAAACGAGACAUUUAUCAUGUUCCAAAGGUGGAUCAGUGGACAUCCUUUGUAAAAGAAUUCAUGGCUUUACGUAUAAUGAUCAUUAAUUAUUGUAGCUCAUAAAAUAUUUAAAUGCUAUAUACAUUUGAUCAACACAUAACAUUCAGAGAAUAGAUUACGGAGUCGCUUGCCUACUUA